AUGUCGGUUACUGCUUAUGCUGCAAAGUUUGGUGAGCUGGCUAAGUUUUAUCCGCAUUAUGAGGGACCAACUGGUGAGUUUUCAAAGUGCAUCAAGUUUGAGAAUGGGUUGUACCCAAAGAUCAAGAAGGAAGUUGGGUACCAGAAGAUUUCUUUACUUGCUGAUUUGAUUGAUAGUUGCCGAAUCUAUGAGGAGGACAACAAUGCUCAUUAUAAGAUCAUUAAUGAGAAGAGGGCCAAGCACCAUCAGAACCGUGGCAAGCCUUAUGAUGCUCCAGCAGGCAAGGGUAAACAUAAAGUUGCUUAUGGUCAGAGGACUAGUGGGGGAGAUGCUCCUGCUGGUGUCGUCUGUUUCAAAUGUGAGAAACCUGGUCAUAAGAGUAAUGUGUGUACUGCUGAGAAAAAGAGGUGUUUCUAUUGCGGUAAAACGGGACAUACAACUCCUGAUUGUAAAGCUAAUGUUGUGGCUGAUGCUUUAAGAUGA